AUGCCUGCGGAUAUCACUGCCAGCGAAGCAACGUCUGUUCUUUGCCAGGUGGCCCGUUUUCUUAAGCAUCGCUCCGCGAAGGAAAGGCUGGACAAAGGCGAACAAAUACUCAGGGAUGGCUUGAUCGAGUUCAACAGUCCUCCAGCCGUCUCAAACGACGAAGUUCGCUCUGCCCUUGAGUACACCUAUGAAGAGUACUUUCUUCAUAAUUACAUUCCAUUCACUGCCGUCAAAGCCCAAGCUUGGCUCGACCGUGUUGAAACAUGGCGGAGUGAUGUGGGGCGAGCAUCGAACAACGCCAUUUUCGAGGAGGGGCGCAGGCGUCACGCUGCAGCCCGCGCUAAGAAAACGUCAGCAUACGAAUCAGGCACAAAAACGAGCAAAAAUCCUAGCGCUCCUGCAAUGUCAUCUUUUAUCGAUGAACAGGAAAUGACUACGAUGCACUACAGGAACGGAGCCUCUGUCACGAUUGAGAAAGAGAGUUCCGACCUUCGUUGCGAACGCAAAGAUGACAGUGAAAAACUGCUCACGAAGCAAGCACUUGUACCGCAGCAAGGGGACGCCGCUGGCGGAGGGCGCGGGCGUGCUAUCCAUGAGAAUGUCGAUAAAUUUGACGCACAUCGCGAGGACCUCGAUAUGCAUCACACCCGAUCGUGGCCGGCAAUUGGGAAGACGUUCAUCGGAAUCAACACCGAGGGGUCUACAGCGCGUACGCGAGACCCGACGACAUCGGAUAAUGGCGAUGAGGGUGAUCCGUUAAAGGACAUCGCCAACGUCUUCGAAGAGGCGGCUGUAGAGAUCGCUCAAAGACAGGGUGUAUCUAUUAUUUUUUGA